CCUGAGAGGGGCUCGGGAAGGGAAGUAGCCAGCUCAGCAGCUAGCCAGUGCGGACUCUGGCCUGAGAGGGGCUAGGGAAGGGAAGUAGCCAGCUCAGCAGCUAGCCAGUGCGGACUCCGGCCCGAGAGGGGCUCGGGAAGGGAAGUAGCCAGCUCAGCAGCUAGCCAGUGCGGACUCCGGCCCGAGAGGGACUCGGGAAGGGAAGUAGCCAGCUCAGCAGCUAGCCAGUGCGGACUCCGGCCCGAGAGGGACUCGGGAAGGGAAGUAGCCAGCUCAGCAGCUAGCCAGUGCGGACUCCGGCCUGAGAGGGGCUCGGGAAGGGAAGUAGCCAGCUCAGCAGCUAGCCAGUGCGGACUCCGGCCUGAGAGGGGCUCGGGAAGGGAAGUAGCCAGCUCAGCAGCUAGCCAGUGCGGACUCUGGCCUGAGAGGGGCUAGGGAAGGGAAGUAGCCAGCUCAGCAGCUAGCCAGUGCGGACUCCGGCCUGAGAGGGGCUCGGGAAGGGAAGUAGCCAGCUCAGCAGCUAGCCAGUGCGGACUCCGGCCUGAGAGGGACUCGGGAAGGGAAGUAGCCAGCUCAGCAGCUAGCCAGUGCGGACUCCGGCCUGAGAGGGACUCGGGAAGGGAAGUAGAACCCUGCAGGCACCAGAUGCAGGAAGGAGCUGGAGGCUGCCUGCGAGCAGGAGCAGCAGGCUGGAGUAGCCUGGACACUGGCUGUGGAAGGAAGGCCACACAGCAGGCAGCGCACGUGCCUCUCCUUGGCUGGGGGCUCCAUAGCAGUAGCAGGAGGAUGCUGGGCAGCAGCCAGCAAGCAGGAUGUGGGGGUGGUGGGAGGCUGGGAUGGAUGGGCCCCAAUGGGACACGGUGGUUACCCUGACAGCUCUACUGAAGUGCCCCUCGGGGCUGAGUUCAGAACGACUGGUGCUGUUUGCAUUGGAACUGGGGUAUUCGCACCUUCUGAUUUCCUGCCAGUCCCAGGAAAUGAAUCAUCUAUUACUUACAAGGGACCCCCUGGGGGCUAGCACCUGACGAGCCUAGUGCGGGGUGUGGGCGGGGGAACCGCUGAGCUCAUCUGGUAGCCUGCGGAAGCACUGCAUUCACAGCGACAGCCCGCAGUGGAGUGAGUGCGUAUAGCACAGGAUGGCUGUCCUGUGGGAGGCAGAGGAAUCCCGUACCAGUUAUCAAGGCAGACGUUUAUCUGCACCAGGUCUCAGAGCCAUUAAACAUGAAGGGAAUGCAGAGAGAGUGGAGGUCUGUCUGUGGCUCGCUGGGCAGGGCCCUCUCAAUUGUUCAGUUUGGAUUCCCCACUUCUAUGGAUGUUUCUCAUACUGUUUUGCAGAUAUUCAGGAGUUCUAUAAGCUGAGCUUACUUUCUGCACACCCGCAGCAUCAGAUCCCAGAUCCAGCCCCCCGUAUAUCUGACAAUCAGCAUGAUGCCAGAGAGCUGGGCUCACCUGCUAGCCCCGGAGAGCCCCAACGUACUCUGGAGGACACUCCUCUGGAUACUGAGCAGAGACCGGCUCAAGGGGCCCAGGGAAGCAGCAUGCUGGGGCAGCAGCCACAGCUGGUGAGAGUGACUGUGAGCAGCCUGGAGUCGCCAGCCAGUGUUUGCAGCCUGGUGGUUCGUGCCCACAGCACCCUACCCAAGGCUAACCCUGCUCCCAUUAUCGUGAACACGGACUCCUUGGAACCAGGGAUCUCUGUAAACGGCAGCGAUGGCAUGUUUAAAUAUGAGGAGAUUGUCCUGGAAAGGGGUAACUCUGGCCUUGGCUUCAGCAUUGCAGGGGGAAUUGAUAAUCCCCAUGUUCCUGAUGACCCAGGGAUUUUUAUCACGAAAAUCAUCCCUGGUGGAGCUGCAGCUAUGGAUGGCCGCCUGGGGGUGAACGACUGCGUCCUGCGGGUAAAUGAAGUGGAUGUCUCGGAGGUGGUGCACAGCAAGGCAGUGGAGGCGCUGAAGGAAGCAGGCCCGGUGGUUCGACUUGUGGUGCGUCGGAGGCAGCCCCCACCUGAGACUAUCAUGGAAGUUAACCUGAUGAAAGGACCCAAAGGACUAGGCUUCAGCAUCGCGGGUGGAAUCGGAAACCAGCACAUCCCAGGAGACAACAGCAUCUACAUCACCAAGAUCAUUGAGGGAGGGGCUGCCCAGAAGGAUGGCCGGCUGCAGAUCGGGGACCGGCUGCUGGCGGUGAAUAACACGAACCUGCAGGACGUGCGGCACGAGGAGGCGGUGGCCUCUCUGAAGAACACCUCUGACAUGGUGUACCUGAAAGUGGCCAAGCCUGGCAACGUCCACCUCAACGACAUGUACGCGCCCCCCGACUAUGCCAGCACCUUCUCAGCCUUGGCCGAUAACCACAUAAGCCAUAACACCAGCCUGGGUUACCUCGGCAGUGUGGAGAACAAACCCACCUACCCAGCCCCCCCACAGGCGACCCCAUCUAGGUACUCGCCCAUCCCUCGACAUAUGAUCGGGGAGGAAGACUUCACCAGAGAGCCCCGGAAAAUCAUCCUGCACAAAGGCUCCACCGGACUGGGCUUCAACAUCGUCGGGGGAGAGGAUGGAGAGGGGAUCUUCGUCUCCUUCAUCUUGGCUGGCGGCCCUGCCGACCUCAGUGGGGAGCUGCGGAGAGGAGACCGCAUCUUGUCGGUAAAUGGUGUAAAUCUCCGGAAUGCAACUCACGAGCAGGCGGCAGCAGCUCUGAAACGGGCGGGGCAGACAGUGACCAUCAUCGCUCAGUACAGACCUGAAGAGUACAGCCGCUUCGAAUCCAAAAUCCACGAUUUAAGAGAACAAAUGAUGAACAGCAGCAUGAGCUCUGGGUCAGGCUCUCUCCGGACAAGCGAGAAGAGAUCUCUCUAUGUCCGAGCCCUGUUUGACUAUGACAGGACCCGGGACAGCUGCCUGCCAAGCCAGGGGCUCAGCUUCUCCUAUGGGGACAUUCUGCAUGUCAUCAAUGCCUCAGAUGAUGAGUGGUGGCAAGCGAGACUAGUGACCCCCCACGGAGAAAGUGAGCAGAUCGGGGUCAUCCCCAGCAAAAAAAGGGUGGAAAAGAAGGAGCGUGCAAGGUUGAAAACAGUGAAGUUUCACGCCCGGACUGGGAUGAUUGAGUCCAACAGGUCGAUCAAAACGAAACGUAAAAAGAGUUUCCGCCUCUCCCGAAAGUUUCCAUUUUACAAGAGCAAAGAGAACCUGGCCCAGGAGAGCAGCGGACAGGAACAGGGCGUGACAUCAAACACCAGUGACAGCGAGAGCAGUUCCAAAGGACAAGAGGACACUAUCCUGUCAUAUGAACCAGUGACACGGCAAGAAAUUCACUAUGCGAGGCCAGUGAUCAUCCUGGGGCCAAUGAAGGACCGUGUCAAUGACGACCUCAUCUCCGAGUUUCCACACAAGUUUGGCUCCUGCGUGCCACACACUACCAGGCCUCGGCGUGAGAAUGAGGUGGAUGGGCAGGACUAUCACUUUGUCGCAUCCCGAGAGCAGAUGGAGAAAGAUAUUCAGGACAACAAGUUCAUAGAGGCUGGGCAGUUCAAUGACAAUCUCUAUGGGACCAGCAUCCAGUCAGUGCGGGCAGUUGCAGAGAGAGGGAAGCACUGCAUCCUGGACGUGUCUGGCAACGCCAUCAAGAGGUUGCAACAAGCACAACUUUACCCUGUUGCCAUUUUCAUCAAGCCAAAAUCCAUUGAAGCUCUCAUGGAGAUGAACCGGAGACAGACAUAUGAACAAGCCAACAAGGUCUUUGACAAAGCCAUGAAAUUGGAGCAGGAGUUUGGAGAGUAUUUUACAGCCAUUGUACAAGGAGACUCUCUGGAAGAGAUAUACAACAAAAUCAAACAGAUCAUUGAGGACCAGUCUGGGCACUACAUCUGGGUCCCAUCCCCUGAGAAACUCUGAAGACUUCCCCCAUCAACUUCCUUGUGAGCAGAUGUCUGAAAUCCCUCCCUCACCUAUGCCCCAAGGCGGGGGGACAUGAAUACUUCUCCUGCCCCCUUUUUUAGAUCGUCGCAAGAUUGAGUUUUCUAGUCCUGUUUCUUUUUGUUGGGAUGAAUCAAUCUCACUUACCACGUGACUGUCCCCACCAUUCCUGCAUGGACCUUCCCGCUGCUCCAUUAGAGACAGAUGAGAUCCCAUUCAAGUCGUUUUUUAUUAUUAUUAAAAUUUAACCCAAGAAGCAAGAUGGGAGGAGGCAGCUGAGGACUUAUGUAAAGAACAACUGAAACAAUGGAUUUUUUUUUAAUAUGAGCUAGGACUGGAGCUCCUGGGGGCAUUUCUCCAAGCAUGUGUCACUGCCUUGUAGCUCUGAACAGUGCAACAGAAAGCAUUUUAUUUAUCUGUAUAUGUAAUUUAUAUAUAAUAUAUAUAAAGAUAUUAUAUAUAUAUUAUAUAUAUGUGGACUAGAAAACCUGAGGGACCUCCUAAAACGGUACUAUAUUAUUGCAAGGAUUUUUUUAAAUUGUUGUAUCCCAGUCACUGGGCGUGGGAGUCCCACUCUGGUCAAGAAGAGAUUGAAAUGGUACCAAGUGCUUCAGAUGCUUCUCACAUCUGGUCAGUUUUCUGAGAACCAAAGCCCAGAUCUUUGAGGUAGAGCAGAGAAACUGGGAUGCUGUGCGUGCAGAGAGGGCCGAGGGUCCAGAAUAACCUGUAGCAGCUGAUCUAAGUGAAACUGGAAGACCCAGACUGAGCAGGAGGCUGCAGAGCGAGAGAGAAUGGAUAUUAAAUUGCACAUUGUUUUACACACCACCUAAUGUGUUUGCAUGAGAGGUUUCCUUUUUGUUCUAUUUUUUUAAGCAGAUGUUAAACCAAAACCAUAUUGUGAUGCUGUGUCGGCUUUUUUAUUAGAAUUUUCUCAUGUUAAUAAUGACCUGUGGGUAUAAAAUCCAGUUUUUUAACUUAUUUUUUAAGAUGGUUACAUUGUAAAUAGAAUCCAGACCCAGGGUGUCACAGUUAGGAAACAGCCCAUGUGGAAUGAGCAAGCCAGCUGAUCUGUGCUGCUGCCAGAACACUUCAAUGUGGAUGCAGCAAAUGCCAUCCAUCUGAUCUCCCUGGGGACCUUAGACUGGAUUUGAAUCUGGUGUGUGAUAUGGUGAGGGAAUUCCAGUCUUCCUCAUGAAAGCACACCAGAAUUCCCCUCUGCUGCUGGGAGAAGACCAUAGCUGUGCCUGGGAUGGAAGCUCACAACGUCCCAAAUGAAUAAUGGAAUUUUAAUACAGAGUUCAGAAUUCCAGUAACUGUGAAAACUGCUGUGUCCUCUGCAAGGGGUGAGGACCUUUGCUGUGGAGCAACUGUGCAUGCAAAGCAGCAGAGCCCCUUCCUGAGUCCCUGGGACUCAGAGUUUGGCAGAUAGUGCUUGUUCACCUCUUCUGUUUAAUAUUUCUACUAUUGACAAGUGUCUGCAUAAAGCCUGUUCUGAAGUUUGGGAUCCACUUUUAGAAAGUCUCAGGAGCUUUGCAGUCUGUUGGGUAUGGAAAUGCAGACAGAAUUGUACCAUCAUGCUGUAUAAUCAAGAGAUCUUAUGACCAGGUGAGUGGUAUACGACCACAGACAUGUAGUCUUCCUUGGACUGAGAGGCUGCUGCUUUUGAGAAGUGCAGGUGUGUGUGUUUGAAUGUGGCUCCACCUCAGGAAAAGUGCUUCCAAAAGGAUUUGUGGAUUUUCCAAUCUAGAUUUUGUUUUUCAAGUACCCUCAUUCUAAUGCAAAAGCCCUCUCCUCUGCAAGGAAAAAUGUAAAAACUUUCUCCAUGCCACAUUCCUGUACACCAGAGCAAAGGAGGUCACCAUAAAAAUGUGAGCAGGUAUGUCUUCCUCCUUUCCAUGUGGUGACAGUUGGAUGUUACAGAAGGAAACCAAGCUGUUGCUGACCUCACCUAAUAGGAUCAGACCACUGCUGUUUCCAACUAGAUAACACCAGCUAAUACUGUCCACUCCCUGAGGUGAUCGAUAGCUGUUUGUGUCACUGUGUUUUGUGCAGUGGCCUCAGUUUUAAAUAUGAGUGAGAACUGUUGUAAGUAUGUAGAGAUACAUUCUGGUAAGUGAGAAGCUAUUCCUUCAGUGAUUGACAAGUGUCACAGGAGACCAAAAGGGAUUUAGCAGUCCUGAGAGACAGAAAGCUCAUUGAUGGAACUACUACUGUUAAGUGGAGCUAAAGGAGAGAGGACUGCUGUUGAGCUAGAGUCUCUCAAAAAGAGUAGAUUCUGGACAUGGACUUAUGUCCAGUGUUAUAGCUACUGCCUGCUCUAUUGGUUCUGCUCCGGAUGACACAAGCCCCAUUCUCUAGAGAGCUGGCAUAAGUGAAAUAGGAGCAAGGUCCUAAGAUGCUAGUCACAAGGUUCCAGAUCCUUUACUUUUUUUCUAAGAGCCUGUCUCCCUCGCUUCUAGUCACAUGGAGAAAAAGGCCAGUUUAUUCCAUGGCAUAAGUGAAAGUAUCCAAUCAGUCAUGACACUAGUUGGUUACCAGUGUUUCUUCCAAGGAGACAUAUAUUUUUAAUAAACAGAGAGUUGCAAUGAA